UAAAUAACGAAUUGUAACAACAACAAAAUUAUAAACAAUUAAUAGAAAUAACAAAAUUAUAAAAUAACGUAUGAAUAAUAAGCAAUGGACACGUGCGAUCUAAUAGUGAGUCACCACAAGUGUUCCCGCAACAAAGGGUUUCUCCAAAUACAUGGAAAAGCGAACGAUUCUCCAAAUGCAUGGCAAAGCGAACAAUUCUUCAAAUGCAUGGCAAAGCGAACGAUUCUUCAAAUACAUGGCAAAACGUACACUUUCUUCAAAUACACAGGGAAAUUUGGGUAUAAGAAGGACCAGACCAUCAAACAGUUUUCAGUCUUAAAAUUUUAUCUAUAACAAGUGGUUCUUCACGACCCAGUGCUCUAAACCCAGUUUCAGUAGUUGUCCUUUACUCUACGUAUAUUUCAAAAGUGCAUUUUGGAAAGUCGAUCUGGAAGUCAAAUUUGCCAUUUGAAAAGAGUGUUCCUGUUUCUCGAGACACAAUACUGCAUCCAAUUAGUCAACCGUUAAAGGACCAGUGCCAUUAUACCUGAACGUCUAGCAUCACCCUUUGUCCCAAGGCAAUUCGCAUCUUUAGAGGACAAAUAUCAAUGGUCAAGCCGCAAUAUUUUAUUGCCAGUGAAAAGUUAAUGGAUAUAGAAAUUUCAGUACAAAAAUAUACUACAGUUGAUAUUUUAGGACCAUUUUCAUUACCUGAUGACAGCAGAGAAUCGGAAUAUCCAUCAAUAGAGCUUAAAAAUGCAGGAAAUUUCAUUGGAGAAUUUGUUGUGAUUUCUGGGUUUAUAAAAACCCCAUUUGAGAAUAUUAUCCAAGGCAAUAUUUCCCACGGUGCUGGUGCAAUAACAGAUGGCCGAUUUCGACUUCCAGUAAAUAUAUCAUAUUGCGAACCAGACUUCAACUAUCCUCGCGGAACACACGUUUCUGUUAAAGGCAGAAUGAGAAUAAACAAUCAUGGAACAACUAUAUUACAAACGAAGCACUCUAAUGAAAUCAAGAUGUUGGACUCGGCAACUUUAAGCGACACUGAAAUGGAAAAAGGGUUUUUAACAGUAUCGUCAGAAUCGAAUGAUGAAAAUUUAAAAAUGAAUGGACAACGGAGAAAGACUACUGAAGACAAAUCACCGAUUCCAUUAAAGGUUCAGAAACCAGAUUGCGCUGACAAAACUGAAACUUUUGAUGAAGAAUUAAGGACUUUAGAUGGCUUGGUUUUGUAAAAUUUAUUUUUUAAACACAC